CACGUUAUUAGUCUGCCUUUGUACAAAAGUCUAAUCUUAUUGCCAAGUGUUCAAAUUCCUCACAAAAUCUCAUCUCUUCUAAACAUUAAGAGGCAGAUUUUUCUCCACUGUACGGAAUGGCAAAGGCUAUAAAGAUGUCUGCUCCCUUGAAAACAUGGCUUAUUGGCGCAUCCAUUUUUCUUGCCUGCAAAUUCGAUCCUUGUGGUAAUCAAAAUAUUUAGGACUGCUAGCGCUGAGGGCUUCAGGAAGGGCUGGCUACUGCGCAUGAGCAAGUUUAGUGACUGACAGUAACCAAGGCGGGGUAAAGGACUAAAAAGUGGCCGUCACAGGAAGUUAUGACUGAUUUGGGAAACAUUAAAGAGACUUUGCCGGCAUAAGAAUUCAGAUUUUAAGAUUGGAGAAGGGAGUGAAGGAGAGCGGAGUUCACUCAAAGCGGAAGUGGGAGGGCUGGUAUUCAGGCAGGCCAAGUGAGACAGGCUAGUGUAGACUCCGCAAAGAUGCGAAUUUACUGGUUCUGCCUUUUUAGGCCUUUGCCUUCUCGCCACAACAAUCAGUCAUGACUGAGUCAUGACUGAAUCCUUGGUAAGUUCUUACUUGCUUCUCCCAGUUACCCUCUGUCCUUAUUAUAUAGAAGCAAUAUUGUAUGGUGGUAAAGACUAUAGAAUCUGCAGCUAAAUUGCUUUUACCAGUUUUAGGAGCUUACCAAAGCUCUCUGUGCCCUGGUUUCCUUAACUGUAAAAUGGGAAUGGUUAGGAUGAUAAUGAUAGUAAUACUUACCUUGUAUGGUGAUUGUGAAUGUCAAUUGGUUUAAUGUAUGUUUAGAACAAUGCCUUGAUGCAUAUAUAAUAAACCUUAUAUAUGAGUAUAUGAAUUAGUGUAUUAUUAUUUAUUCUAUAAAGUGGAUAUGUAUAAACACAAAGUUUAAGGAUAUAUAACAAGACCAGCAUAAGUAUGAAAUAUGUAUCUGUGUGUGUGUAUCAUAGGAUUUUAUAUAUUUAUGUUAAGGUACAGUUACUUUUCUGAGCUUUCUGUAAGGCACAACAUAAAGGGAACAAAACAUAUUCACUUGUUUUAUCUAACCUUACAAGACAGUAAGCCACUUGCAUAGAUGCUUAGAUUUCCUAAUAUUGAUCAGUCUUCUGAUGGGUCCCUUCAAGUCCCUGUUAGAAAACUUAUGAUAAACACAGGGUUAAUAUUGCUCUGUUGUGACUUAAAUUAUCUUCCUGUCAACCAAAACUCUCUUGCUGAAGCAAAACUAAAAGGGAUGUGAUUGUUCAGGAAAGCCAAGCCAAGCCUACACAAACAUGUUCUGGACUACAUGUGAAUAAAGUCUUGGUGUCCAGGAAGAUGAUAUAAGCCAUAUGUCCUUCAAAUUAUUUUCCAGUAGUUUUUUUUAUAGUUUUUAUUAUCUAGAUGAAAACCCUGAGAAACCCAUAGGAUUGUCCUUUUACUUUUAGUCUCAGAGUUCAUGACAUCCUGACCAUUUUACAUUCUUUCCCUUCUUCCCUUCUUUUACAAGUCUGUAUUGUUUCAUCUUCAUACAAAAGUGAGAUAAGAAUGGCACCAGAAUUCAAACUUCUCUAAUGAGCAUAGUCACAUGUUUAUUAUCCCAAUCUUCAGGAGGUGGGGGCAGGAUGAUCAAGAAUUUGAAGGUAGCCUGGGUUACCUAGUUAGUUCCAAGCCAACCCAAGCUAUAUAGCAACUUUCUCAAAAAAAUCAAGGAUCAAUUCAAAACACACAGGCACGCACGCACGCACGCACGCACGCACGCACGCACGCACGCACGCCCACCCAGAAAGAUAAAGGGUGUAGCAAGUGGUAGUUUGUCUAGCAUUCAGUGGGCCUUGGAUUCAAUCCAGGAAAUAAACUCUCGAAGUGUAAAAGAGGAAACUAGGGCGUGUAUGUAGUUCAUUUGGCAGAGUGCUAACAUGGUCAAGAAGCCCUUUGUUCUACUCCCAGGAAAACAAUAAUACUAAAUAAAAUAAAAAAGGAAAAAGUAUCUCAUGAUAUCAUAUCACCAAUCAUUGCAGAUCAUUUGAAGUUGGUUAACUUCUGCCCUCUCUGCCUUGUUCUUUCUUUCUAUAUGUACAUAUAUUUUGAAACAUAAUAGUUAAUAUGCAUUCCUCUUGUUAAAAUUUACUCAUUAAAUAAAACUUUUGCAACUCUUUGUCUUCCCUUUACAUUGUAAUAUUGGUCAUAGCAGUACAAAGUGAGCAUCCCUAAUCUGAAAAUCUAAAUUCCCCAAAGCUGCAAAAUAUGCAGCUUUGUGCUUUGUGGACAUGAUACCUCAAGUGGAAAAUUCCACAACUGACCUUAUGUGAUGAUGGGUCAUGUACAAAAUGCAAACAUACUGAAAGUAUUUUACAAAGUUACCUUAAACGGUAUAUAUAUGAACAAAUGAAUUUCAUGUGUACAUUUGGCUCUCAUCCCUAAAAUAUCUUAUGUGAAGAUAUACAAAUAUUCAAAAAAAUCCCAAAUCUAAACUACUUCUUUGUCUCAAGCAUUUUAGAUAAGGACUACUCAAUCUGUAGUAGUAAUGAUGAUGACAAAACACAUGGUGGUGCUAAUGGUAAUAGGAGUGGCAGCAAGUGAGCUUAUACUAUGCAUAGCUCUAUACUAAAAAAUACUUUAUAUGCAUAGGCAAUUUUAAUACUCAUAAUAACACUGUGAAAUAGAUACAAUUAUCAUUCACAUCUUCCAGGUGAGGAACAGAGUGGAUAAGCAAGUGAUCACUGGCACAGCUGGGAUAAAAUAUAAGAUAGUUUUUUACAGAUGUUUCAGUAUCAGGGACACAGAAGGUUUUUGUUGUGUUUUUUAGCAUCAGCGCAGAGGAAGGAACCCCAGGCCUCCUACGUGCUAAAUAAGUUCUCUACCGCUGAACUGCACAUCUAGCUAGUUGAGAUUUUAUUUUGUUUUCUUCAAUUUUUUUGUUUUAGUUUUGAGAUAGGGUUUCACACAUGUAGCCCGGGCUAGCCUUGAACUUGGGAUUCUCCUGCCUCAGCCUCCUGAGUGCUAAGAUUAUAGGGAUAUGCCACCAAAGCUGGUUCACAUAGGAAUAUUUUAAACAGCUAUAUUUUCCUCUUGUAUUCAUACACCAUGAUUAUUGAUGAACAUCAUGUUGAAGGACCUCUGUGUGGUGAUCUCUUGUCAUCUUUGUUUUCAGAGAUGAGCAUUUCUAAAGUGUUUGCUUUAAAAGGUGGGUGUGUUGUGAACUUGCUUAGAUAUCAUCAAACUGCAUUUUGAAAUAUUAAUACAAGUUGACAGCUUCUCUAAUAAUAAGUGAAAAGACCCUUGUGAAUCCUUUUGUCAUAAUUUUAAGAUUUGCAAUGUGAUAGUUGGAAAUAUCUUAUGUUUUAGUUUGUGUUUAUCAAUAUGGUUGAACAACUUUAUGUUUUCCUCUUUUUAUAUUACUUUUGUGAAUUCUUUUUCAAAUACUGUUUUCUUUUUCCACUGGGAGUUUAAAAUCCUUGUCUUUCUAUUUUUAAACGUUUUGUGGAAAUAUAACUUAGACAAAAAAAUCUUAUGUAGAUUUAUUGAAAUAUAACAUAAGUAGAAAAACAUAUAAAGUAUACAGUUUUAUGAACUUCUACAGAUUGAAAACACUUAUGUAAGCAAUACUUGGAUCAAAAAAGAGGAGGAAAUGACAUGCCUUCCAGAAGCUUCCAUGCCAUUUCCAAUCAUUAGCUCUUGAUUUAAAAUAACCACUUUCUAAUUUCUAUCAUCAUAAUUUACUUUUUCUCUUCUUGAAUUUCACAUAAAUAGAAAUAUACAUAUUAUUCUUUUGGAUCUGACUGCUUUCACUUGUCAUGAUUUUUUUGUGAUGCUGGGAAUGGAAUCCAGGGCCUCACAAUGUUAGGUAAGCACUUUUCCACUGAGCUAUAUCUCCAGCCCAUCAUGUUUUAUAUUUACAUCCUUGUUACUUUAGGCAUAAAUAAAAUUUGUUCUAUUUCUGUUAUUAUAUACCAUUCUAUUGUGUAAGUAGUUCACAAUUACUCUUCAAAUCCACUGAUGAUGGAUGUUUCCAUUUUGGCUAUUAUAAACAAUAUUUCUGGGAAUGUUUUUGUUUAUGUAUUGGUGAACCUGUGUGCAUAUUUCCAUUAGAUAUAUACCGAAGAAUGAGGUUACAAUUUCGUAAGUUAGAAGUAUUUUCAGUUUUAGCAAUUCUACCAAGCCGUUUUCCAAAGUGUCUGUACCAUUUUACUACUACCAGCAAAGUAUGAAAAUUUGUGUUGCUUCACAUCACUGCCAACAUUUAGGUUGUUAGUUUUAAUUUUAGCUGUUCUGUUGGAAAAUACUAGUAUUAGUAUCUCAGUGUGGCUUAAGUGUGUGUUUCUCUGAUGACUAAUGAUGUUAAGCGUCUUUUUGUAUGUUUAUUCACCAUUUGGAUAUUGUCUUUUGUGAAAUACCUAUUAAAUAUUUUUCUUUUUUCUACUGGAUUAUCAAUAUUUAUCUCAUUACUUCUUAAUAGUUUCCAUAGUACAAGAGUCCUUUGCUUUGAUUAGAUAUUGCAAAUCUUGAAGAAGGCUGUUGCAGUGCUGAGGAUGGAGCUUGGGGCCUGUGCAUGCUGGUCAAGUAUUCUACCACUGAGCUACACCCCUAGUCCCUAAGAAGGAUUUUUAAAAUGUAUGCAAUUGCAGGGAUCAGUGUCAUUCGAGGAUGUGUCUGUGGACUUCACCCAGGAAGAGUGGAAUCAACUGGACCCUAUUCAGAGGAGCCUAUACAGAGAUGUGAUGCUAGAGAAUUAUAGCCAUCUUGUCUCUUUGGGGUAUCCUAUUACCAAACCAGAUGUGAUCACCUCUUUGGAGCAAGGAGUCCUUGGCAUCAUAAAGAGAGAAAUCCCAAGUUCAAGUUGCACAGAAGAUGGGCAAACUGAAGACUACCUGGAGUGGCAUCAGGAAAACCAAAAUAUACACCCGGAGCAGUCUGUAUCCAUUUUUGAGAAAAAUGUGACUGAAAGAAGUUGUGAAUAUGAUGAAUUUGUAAGCCCACUUCCUCAGAACACAUGGGUAGUUACUUCAGGACCCACACCCUAUAUGAAUAACUCAUUUGGGGAAAGUAUUAAAGAUAAUUUAGGUUUACUCAAUCCUAGUAGUUUGAGCUUUGCAGCUCAGGAAUGUUAUGAAUGUAAUAGAUGUAGGAAAUUAUUAAUUCCUGGCAGACAUGAGAUAAAUGAUGGAAUGAAAUCCCAUGACCAUAAUAUGUAUGGUAAAGAUUAUAUUUAUAACUUUGUUCAACAUGACUUGACUCAACUUGGAGACAGAAGCUAUGAAUGUCCUGAGUGUAGAAUAACCCUCAGCCCAAGUUCAUUCCUUAUUGUUCAUCGGAUCACUCACAUAGGAGAAAAGCCUUAUGAAUGGGCAGGAUGCAGAGAGGCAUUCAACAACACAGCACAGCUCAGUCUACAUCAAACAAUGCACACAGGAGACAAACUCUUUGGGUGUAGUGAGUGUGGUAAAUCCUUCAGAGAGGAAUCAACACUGCAUAUACAUCAAAGAACACAUACAGGUGAAAAACCAUAUGUAUGCACUGAAUGUGGCAGUGCAUUCCAAGAAAAAACAAAUCUCAUCAUACAUCGGAGAACUCACAAAGGAGAAAAACCCUAUAAAUGUACAGAUUGUGAGAAAACCUUCAACCAAAAGGCACAUCUAAAUGUACAUCAGAGAACACACACAGGAGAGAAACCUUUUGAAUGUACUGAUUGUGGCAAGUACUUCAGAGAGAAAUCAACACUGAAUAUACAUCAAAGAACCCAUACAGGAGAGAAACCAUAUGUAUGCAAUGAGUGUGGCAAAGCCUUCAGAGAAAAGACAAAACUCAUUAUACAUCAGAGAACUCACACAGGAGAGAAACCCUAUGAAUGUUCAGAAUGUGGGAGAGCCUUCAACCAAAAGGCACACCUCAGUGUACAUCAGAGAACACACACAGGAGAGAAACCUUUUGAAUGCAAUGAAUGUGGCAAAGCUUUCAGAGAAAAAUCAACACUGCGUAGACAUCAAAGAAUUCAUACAGGAGAAAAACCUUAUGUGUGUUCAGAAUGUGGAAGAGCCUUUACCCUUAAGCUGAGCCUCAGUGCUCAUCAGAGAAUUCAUACAGGGGAAAAAACAGAUGGGUGUACAGUAUGUGGAAAAGUCUUCUCCCGAAAAUCAUACCUCAUGUUACAUCAGAGAGCUCAUACAAGAGAAAAAUUUGAAAAAUCCUAUGAAUGCAAUGAAUGUGAUAAAGCAUUCUUCCAGAAAUCAUAUCUCAUUAUUCAUCAAAGAGUCCACACAGGGGAAAAACCCUAUGAGUGUAAUAUAUGUGAGAAAUCUUUCUCCCAAAAGUCAUAUCUCAUUAUUCAUCAAAGAACCCAUACAGGAGAGAAACCCUAUCAAUGUGAUAAGUGUAGCAGAGCCUUUAGAGAAAAGUCCAAACUCACUGUGCAUCAGAGAAAUCACACAGGAGAGAAACCCUAUAACUGCUCUGAAUUGGAAAGAAACUUUCCAGAUGUCAAAGUUCAUCAUGGAUUAGAGAAUGUAGAGAUAAGAGAAAAUGAAUUGAAAAUGGAAAAUCUGACAUAGUAAAAUCAAACAAAAUGAAACUGUAAAUGGUGUUGGGGAAGUGCUGUAUGUAAAUAGGGUGCUUUGCUGAGGAUAUGUCAGUUGAGCUAAAAAUUCAGCACCAUCCAUAUUGGGAGAAGAUCAUUCUGGGUAAAAGGAAUAGAAAGAUCCUCUUUCUUAAAGCAAAAUACUUGGUCUUUGUACUUUUGCAUUAUGGACCUAUUGAAUGAAUGAUCAUUUUCCAUCAAAGAGGUUGCUCAAUGCUGAAAUCAUUAGAAUGUAUGAAAGCUGUCAGAUGGAAGACAAACCUGAUCAUAAAUAUGGGCAUAAGUAUCAAAGAAAUUCAAUUAAUUAAUUUCAAUAAGUGUAUUUCCUCAGAAGUGAAGAGAAAUAUAUAUGUUUCCAAAUUUAAUAUCGAACUCUCAUAGAAAAAAGAAACAAAAAACUUAUUAGAAAAAGUGGUUUACCAAACAAUUUUAAGUUAAAGAUUUAAAUAUAACCAUUAAAGGGGCAACGAAUAAAAUAUUUUAAAAUUCCAAAGUAUUAUAAUAGUCAGAACAAUGUAAAGAAGAUACCACUAGUGUAUCAAAUUCCAGUUUUAACAGGUGAUAAUGCCAAGUUUCCACCCCAGCCUGAUCUAAGCUUCCAAGAAGGACUAUAAGCUGCCUAAUAGGCUUUAAAAGACCUGUUUUUUACACAGAUUCAUCAGUUUACUUCUUCUGCUUUUGAUGAAUGCCUUUUGAUGAAUUCAGAAUUCUGUCAACAGCCAGCAUGGUGACAACCUUUAAGGACCUCCAUGGAGAUGUGAAAUUGUGUUAUCUAUACUGAUUGGGGCAAAAUAUAGGGGAAUUCCAAUUGACAUUAAGGAAGGGAUCUUGAACUCUCCUUGCCAUGCAGUGACAGCUAGCAUGUUUUUAAUGAUCAUUCCUGCUUAUUUUUGAUGAACACUGAAAGCAAGGCUUUGCAUUGUUGAGUAGCCACCCCCCAUGACCAUGGACUACAAAGGACAUGAACAACUACUUCGUGAGAAUAGCUAAUUCCAGUGGGACUGCCCAGGGAAAUGAGAGCAAGUGGCAAGUUCUUAGUAGCUUUGUUCAAGACACAAACUGAAACCCAGGCAUUCUGUAAAAAGAAAUUGCUUUGUGCAUCCAUUGAAUUCUUUGCCUAAAUUCCAAGCCUGUCAUUUGCAACUUUGGAUUUUGAUUAUGAAAGAGGUAAUAGGAUGUUGGGACUUAGAAUGGUAGUAUGUGGAAAUAUGUGGGAAAAUGUGAAUAUUUUAAAUUCUCAGUACUCACAGUGUAAGCUAUAUUUAAUUUUAUUAUCCCCUGAAGAUACUGUAAGUGUCUUAAAUAAAGACCCUGUAGUGACCUCA